AUGCCGGCACACACCAGAACACAUAUUAGAAAUACAGGAUGCAGAGAACAAACUGAAGUUGAAAUAGAUAUUCCGACAAAUACCAUUGAAACUUAUGUUAUAGGUAGAAGCAAUGAGGAGCAAAAACGAAAAAGAGGUCCAACAUAUAUGUGUAGUAUUUGGGGAUAUCAUGCUACCCAAAAUGGUGGAGAACGACUUAUUGUUAAUUUUAACAAAUAUGGUCAACCUAUUGGGCAGAAUAAAUCAUUAUUUGUUGAGUUCUUAGGAACUAUUGCUCGGAAUGGGAAACAUGCACCAAUUGAUAUAAGAAGUUGGGAUAAAAUGCCGAAGUCUUUAAAAAAAAAUAUGUUAGAAGUUGUUCAGGAGAAGUUUGAGAUUCCCCGUGCUUGUGAUAUAUGGGUUCUCCAAUCAAUUGGGAAGAAAUGGAGAAAUUGGAAAGCAGACGUUAAAUCUAGAUAUUAUGAUCCAAAAAUGUCUACUGAAUUACAACUAUGUAAUGUGCCAAAAAUAAUACUCAAAGAUCAAUGGAAAAAUCUUCUAACCUAUUGGAAUUCAGAAGAAUCAAAG